CUUUCCACUUUCUUCACAGGAUGUGUUCAGACAGUUGCAAUUCUCGGUCCCAUUUUGGGGUUUCUUUUGGGAUCCUUGUGUGCCAAGCUGUAUGUGGACAUUGGCUUCGUAGACAUGGGCACCCAAGCUAUCACUCACAAAGACCCACACUGGGUAGGAGCUUGGUGGCUUGGCUACUUAAUUGCUGGGAUGGUUAGCAUGCUUGCUGCAAUCCCCUUCUGGUUCUUAGCCAAGCAUCUUCCAAGGCCUGAGAUCUGAAAAGAUUCUACUGAGCAAUCCAGGUUCAUUGCAGAAGAUAACAAGGACUAUUGUGCCACUUGCCAAACCCACUUCAAUUUUUUCAAGAUGGCAAAAGAGUUCCUGUCUUCCUUGAAAAGCCUCCUUGGAAAUCCAGUUUACUUCUUAUAUCUCUGCUCUAGCAUCAUCCAAUUCAAUUCUCACAUUGGCAUGGUGACCUAUAAGCCAAAAUAUAUUGAACAACAGUUUGGACAAUCAUCUUCCAAGACCAAUUUUAUCAUAGGUCUCAUCAACAUUCCCGCUGUAGCUCUUGGGAUGUUCUCUGGAAGCUUGCUCAUGAAGAAGUUCAGGCUGAACAUGUUGGGGGCAGCCAAGGUCUCCUUGACCUCGUCCUUCCUUGGUUACCUACUGCUCCUCACCCUUUUCACAACUGGUUGCAAAAAUGCAGAGGUGGCAGGCUUGACCAUCUCCUAUGAGGAUUUGAGCACUGGGCAUGAGCCCGCACUUAUGUCUGCUUCGUUUCAGAUAUUUUAUGACUGUAGCUGUGUGGGCUUUCCAGAGGCUUCCUCAGGGCUUUCUUCAGCCCCUUGUCCACGAGGAAAGGGAUGCUCCAAAAAGUUUCUUUAUUUUUUGGUGAUAUCUGUAAUCGCUUCCUAUACCUUAUCAAUUGGAGGCACUCCGGGAUUUUUUUUGCUUCUCAGGUAA